UUAAUUGAAAUGGUAAUUUACAAUUCCUGUCCUAGCUCAGAGUGUCCUCCCUGACAUGGAUUAUCUGGUCACCCCAUAUUAACACUAAGGGCUGCAUAAGCCAAACUACGUCUUGCUUGGCGGUUAAAGGUGUUUGACGUUCACUGGCGUGGGAAAUGGUGGUUCUACUGCCAAACCAUUACCGAAAAGACUACAAAAGCUGCACCGGUUAAAAUAGAAGCGCCUUGUCAUGUUUUAAAUCAUAACUUUCUGUUUUGGUCCGGGUCCGUAUGGGACAGCUUCUGGGUCCGGACAGGUCCGCCUAUUAGUGACCUCUGCACUAGGUGCUCCUGGGAAGCUGUUUGAGACCAAAUCACCCAGGGCUGUAUGUGUGGCCUCGCACCGGCAGCCAGUCAGAGACGUCCCGCAUUUGUGCUUUGAUGAACAUCCCGGGUGCCUCACCAUAUACCACACUUGUGCUUUGAUGAACAUCCCGAGUGCCUCACCAUAUACCACACUUGUGCUUUGAUGAACAUCCCGGGUGCCUCGCCAUAUCCCACACUUGUGCUUUGAUGAACAUCCCGGGUGCCUCGCCAUAUCCCACACUUGUGCUUUGAUGAACAUCCCGGGUGCCCCACCAUAUCCUUUUUUAAAAACCCUAGAUUAAUGGUGCCUUCAGGGGGCGGCUUUUAUAAAAUAUCACUGUUAUAGCAAAGUGGCCCAGCUUAGGGAAGUGAUUGUGAGCGUCGGGAAAACACGCCAGUAGCCCGACUGUACAAUGAGCGGAAGUUGGCUCAGCCUGUGGGUUUCCUGCAGGGGCGGGGCUGGCCUCUGGUGGCAUGCAAUGCUCUGGGGCCCCCUGGUGGUCAUGAAGUGGAAACUAGAAAUGUUUAGGAGAAAUCUUCAGUGGGAUCUUUUCUGGGAAGUUGUGUCUUCUCUCACAGCUGAAAGACAUGCUGGAAUGUUAACUGGCAGCUGGAAAGUGUGUGUGUAUUUGUGUGUGUGUGCAUGCAUGUGUAUGUAUGUGUAUUUACGGUAGAUUUCAAACUAAGAUUAUUGUAUGUUUUUACAGAAAACACCUUAAAUUUUAACCUGCAUUUUGCAUGAUUUAUUGCUUCUCACCUGCAAACGUGGACAGACUGUUUACAGACACCAGGCUUUUUAAAGGGGACAGAAUUCCCGCAUGAAGGCCAUGCAGCUGUAAAACUGUCAGAUGACUCAAGCUCUCAGCCUAUCACUGUCCUCCUGGGGGCUCUGUGACUCCCCAAUAAAUUACAGAACAUAACCAGCAGUAAAUAAAAAUGUAUCACUCAAUGUACCACUAACCAUAAUUCAACACAGAGCCAAUCAGAUCCUUUGAACUGCCUAUGGUCCUGCUAGAAUUUAAGAUAAUGGUAAAAGAACAGGACAGCAAUGAGUACACACUGUAAAUCACCCCUGGAUAAUGAUGCCAUCGGAGACACUGUCCUGUGUGGCUUGACAUAAACUGCAAACUGUUUUAGCAGUUUCCCUGACUGUUAGGAUAAAUGCUGCAGCCUGUAGGGGGCGCCCAGCUGGCACACCUCCGCGGCCCCGUUUAUAAACCUCGAUAGGCGAUGGCCUGUAGGGGGCGCCCAGCCGGCACACCUCCGCGGCCCCGUUUGUAAACCUCGAUAGGCGAUGGCCUGUAGGGGGCGCCCAGCCGGCACACCUCCAUAGCCCUGCUUUCCCAGCCUGUAAAUCAGCAGCACAGUGAAUGACAUCCAUAAAAGAGGAAGUCAGAGGACAUUACUGACUUUCUCAGGACUGCAGACGGAGAAGGAGCAGGAACAAGCAGGAGUGGUGCUUGGCAUAUCGGGACUUUGCAGGAACCCUGCACACUGUGAGACAUGACGGUCUCUUACACACUUGAGGUAGCAGAUGCUAGAUUUGCUGGUUUUUCAAAACUACUGUUCAGGUGGAAAGGGAGCAUCUACAAAUUGCUCUACAAGGAGUUUCUGGUCUUUGGGCUCCUGUACAGUUUCAUCAGUGUUUUAUACAGAUGCCUCCUCACCCCAAAACAGCAAGAACUGUUUGAGCAAACAGCCAUUUACUGCAACCAGUUUGCGGACCUGAUCCCCAUGUCAUUUGUACUAGGCUUUUAUGUCACCCUGGCCUUUAACCGCUGGUGGGGUCAGUACACCAGCUUCCCCCUGCCUGACAACCUAAUGAUGGUUGUGUCAGGGAACGUGCACGGCACAGAUGAGCGGGGCCGCAUGCUCAGACGCACCCUCAUGCGGUACGCCAACCUGUCCUCUGUACUCAUCCUGCGCUCCGUCAGCACACGGGUACGCAAGCGCUUUCCCACCGUGGAGCAUGUGGUAGAGGCAGGCUUUAUGACUCAGGAGGAGCAGAGGAAGUUAGAUGCUCUGUAUUCAGAUUUCAAUAAGUACUGGAUGCCCAUGACGUGGUUCGCGAACCUGGCCUCGCAGGCACGCAGGGAGGGCCGUGUCCGGGACGACGUGGCGCUCCGUCUCCUCAUGGAUGAGCUGAAUGAGUACAGAGCCAAGUGCAGUUUGCUUUUCCAUUACGACUGGAUCAGCAUCCCACUCGUCUACACUCAGGUGGUGACUCUCGCCGUGUACUCCUUCUUCACUUUCUGCCUGAUUGGACGGCAGUUUCUGAACCCAGCUAAAGGUUACAGUGGUCACACCCUGGACCUGUACAUUCCCGUUUUCACACUCCUGCAGUUUUUCUUCUAUGCUGGCUGGCUGAAGGUGGGGGAACAGAUCAUCAACCCUUUUGGAGAUGAUGACGAUGACUUUGAAACGAACCAGCUAAUAGAUCGAAACAUUCAGGUGUCGAUGCUGGCUGUGGAUGACAUGCACCAGAACCUGCCGCCCACUGAGAAGGAUAAGUACUGGACAGAGGAGUCUUUCAGCCCGCCUUACACUGCUGCCACAGCAAUGGAGACGCUCAAGCCGGCCUUCAUGGGAUCAACCUUUGACAUGUGGAUGAGUGAGGACCCCACCCAGCACCAAACUGUGGAGACCCCCAAGACUCCUCACAUACAGACCCCGAGGAUGGGUCACUACAGGGGUGUGGCGGCCUCCCCCGCGGUCAGCCUGAAGAACUUCGGCCGCCCAGGCCGGGCCCAGCCGCUGCUGCGGCUCCGGGCUGAGAGCUUCAGCUCCGAGCGCGAGUGGUCGGAGCGCAUCGACGAGGAUGCAGACGAGCCCAGCCAGGUGGCCCCACAGAGGCCCAGGAGGCUGGAGGCGUCCGAACAGCAGAGGCGGCGUGAGGGAGCACAGAUAAAGGUCGUCAUCGACCCCUCCGUCGACCCACAGGCCGAUGCCUGA